AUGUCGACUCUGGCCAACCAGGCGACAAGCCAACAGAGAAGCCAUUCGCGCGGAAAUGGAUCUCAUGGCCGAGGGAACUCUUCUGCACAGGCAAAGAUCCCAUACAAUCCGGGACGCAACGGCCACAUAAACCGUGGUGGAGCAAGAAACAGGGGAGGACUCAAGAAGACAAGACAAUUUCCGCGAGUAGACAAAACCUCCACCGGCCCCUCAGCAAUGAAUGAUGCUGAUCUGGGGCCAUUGAUUGAAAAUCCAGCACAAUAUGGCUACACAAAAAUGGAGCACAGGACUCAGGGGAUACCGAAAUAUUUGUUGAAAGAGCAAGUCUUGUUCAGCUGUGACUCAUACGUGACAAAUGAAUGGGAUGCAAACAACCAGAAAUUGAUGCUACAGAAAGAAGCCGAACACAAUGGCGACUAUCAGUCGUUAUUCGAGGAGUUUCAAGAGCUGCGAAAGGAAGAGAGAAAGAAAAUGGAGCAAAUGAAUCUGGUUGACAUUGAAAAUGCAAAGAAAUCGCUCAAUGAGGCGAUUAUAUUCCGUGGGAGUUGCACAGAUAUGUGUCCAACGUACGAGCGAGUUGAACGUGCCUUCAAGAAUCAGGUCUCCAAAUGGGAGAAAGACCCUGCUACGGGGAAGAUAUCACGAGACUAUGCAGUGAAAACGUUUAUGAGGCCUUCUGGGCAACCUCCAUCGUUACCUUCCGACGUUCGAACCCCUAGCGUAUUGGUGAAAACUCUCGAUUACCUGAUCGAAAGGUUGCUGCCGAAACUGCCCGACUCACAGUCUUUUAUAUGGGAUAGGACUCGCUCGAUCCGACAAGAUUUCACGCUUCAAAAUAAUUAUUCGGGCCCCGAAGCGAUCGACUGCCACGAGAAAAUCUGCCGAAUUCACAUAUUAUCGUCUCAUGUCAUGGCACAGGCAAACGAUCCUGACUAUCAACAACAGCAGGAAAUUGAGCAGUUCAACAACUCGCUUCAAUCUCUGACGCAUAUGUACGAUGAUGUGAGGUCAAGGGGAGGAAAAUGCCCCAACGAGCCCGAGUUCAGGGCAUAUGAGCUUAUAUCCAAGUUAAAGGACACUGAACUGGACAGAAAUAUUCAAAAGCUUCCAGCAGUCAUUCUCAAUAGCGGAAUAGUACAAAAAGCAUUGAUGUUGAGAGGACUCAUAAUAAACGGUUUUGGCAACUUUCAAAUGUUUGUUGAGUUUUUCCGUGUCAUUAUGGAUCCAAGCACGCCGCUACUGCUUUCGUGUCUCUGCGAGAUCCACUUCAAUCAAGUGAGACAUAUGGCAAUGGUGACAAUGGCCAAGGCAUACCACUCCAAGUCAAAAAAAAUGCCUGAGGCUUCAGUUUUAGCUGAUUGGCUUGGAUUCGACUCCGUGGACCAGUUGGUGACGAGUUGCAAAUUUUACGACAUUCCUAUAUUAAACGACGAUAAUAUUCUUAGAGUGGAAGUCACGGCAUUGCGACAGGCAUACAAAUCUUACCAAAAGCCACCAAGCUGCUCAAAACUCAAUUACAAAAUGGAAAACAUAUCGUAUCAGCAAAUUGUCAAUUCGGGGAUUCCAAACACUGCGAUAAAAGCCAGCGUGGAGACCAGUCUUGCGCCCUCACAAACAUCACAGCCUCCAAAGCAACUAUUCCAGUUUGUGCCAUCCCAAUCGGAGCCUACAAAAUCAGCUCCUCCGCCUGAAAUUGAAAAGAUUGAAAUGUUACCGAACACGCCAACAAGCACUAAACCAAAACCUACUUUCUCCGUGCCAGCAUCUUUUUCAUUCGCACCAUCACAGCCACAACCAGAGCAGAAUCCUGUUUCGAUCGCACAAACGGAGCCUCCAAUACCUGCAGAGCCUCCCAAACCCCAAAGCAAGCUAAUAGAUAGCCCAAGAUUUGAGGCUGCUGCCAAUAUGGUGAUCGAUAAUCUUCUCCAUGAUGUGGUUCGAAAGGAAACUGAAACAAUCGUCAAGAACCUGGUUGAGGCGGAGAAUCAACGGCGGAUCCAGCACCAUAAUCAGAUUGUCGAUUCGCUCAAAAAUGAGCUUUUUGUGGCAUUUAUGAGAGAACAAAUGUACAUCACUGCCAUAGACGUGAAAGCCAGGCUGUUUAGAGAAAGAAACCUGAAACGAAGAAUACUACAGAAAAUCAAAGCGGCUGCGGACAAGCUUGUGGUGAAGCAUAGUGCUAAAAAAAGCAAACUUAACGAGAUCCACUCGUUUGCCAACAAGGUCCGACCUGCAUUUGUCCUUCCGGCACACGCUUCUUCCCGUCAAUCCUCGCUGAGUCCCUCUCCAUUGAAGAAAAAAAACGGAUUUGAAGAGGACAAUGUGAACUGUCUUGGUGAUCUUCUACCAUAUAUCAAUCAACAUCUACGCAUGCUGGUCAUCGUCGAUACAUGGGACGAUGUGGUUGCAAAAUGGUUGUCCAAUAAACUGUCUCUUAAAGAAACUUUUGAGUCAGGGAAGCGUGUCAAAACAGCUAAACUGGAGACCGCAGAAGGAACCCUUGCCAUCAGCUCAAUUCCUGACAGAUUUCGUUCACGGGUUGUUUUUAAGAACGUCAACCUCUUGUUGAUAAAAAUCGAAUACCCUAUAUCGCAUGAUCUUACAACAUCGAGACAAGUUCUAGCCAAAGUGAUCGAGUAUUUGUCGAGGUUCAACAGAGAGGAGCCAGUUACAUUGAUGCUUGUUCUCAUAAAUUUUCCUCGCGAAAUCGAUUUGGUAUCAAACCCACCCCCAUGGCUCACUGUUAGAAGCAUCAAUCUGAACGCUAAAAUGAGUCCAUUAACGCUGCAAAAUAAGUUUCAUCAAUUUUUCAAAGACUCUGUCGAAAAAUAUCAUCCAUCAUCAUCGUCACUGCAGGACGCCGAAACGACGCUAAUGUCCAGGUACACAACCAUUGAAAAUUCGCUUGUUGGUCUUCUCAGGGACGAUCUGAGCAACCGCCACAAACUCGACUAUAUAAGGUCACUUGCAGGCAAACGUAAAGUGUCAUAUGAUUCUGAGGUUUCCUUGAUAACGGAAGAAACUCCGCCGUCGGGCAACUUCGAGUUUUGCAAGACUAGCACCCCUUCAUUAGACAUUUCAAAGAGCAAGAAACAGAAGAUCGAUGCGUUGCUUGAGCUUUCGGAAUCUGUUUUGAAACGCUAG